UUGGCAUCAGAGCUCGGUCUCAAAAGUUCAACACCUAACAAGUGUUAGAGAAAAGAUCUAGAAAAAUGUCAAAAGAUAUGUACAUUGCUGAAGGAGGGUCAUCAUAUAGACCACCUUACUUUGGUGGCAUAGACUACUAUUUCUGGAAAAGAAAAAUGCAGUUGUUUCUGAAAUCUCAAGAUACAGGAAUGUGGCGCAUCAUUACAGAUGGAGAUUUCGUACCAAGAGUCGACCAAAAUGAUUCAACCUCUGCUGAAAAGAAAGAAGCAGAUUGGACAACAGAAGAAAAAUCUAAGGUACUCCUAAACUCUAAAGCUCAUUUAUUCUUAUCGUGCGCUUUGAGCAGAGAAGAAUGCGAAAGAGUUGAUGAAUGCAAAACUGCUAAAGAAGUAUGGGACACAUUACAAACUCAUCACGAAGGAACAAGCCAUGUAAAAGAAACAAGGAUUGAUAUAGGCAUAAGAAAGUUUGAACUCUUUGAAAUGAAUGAAGGAGAAACCAUUGAUGAGAUGUACUCAAGAUUCACAACCAUUGUAAAUGAAAUGCGCUCUUUAGGGAAAGCAUACUCAGUACAAGACAGAGUCAGAAAGAUCAUGAGAUGUCUUCCAAUAAUAUGGAGACCAAUGGUGACAGCCAUAAGUCAGGCCAAGAAUCUUGACGUACUCGGACUGGAGGAACUAAUUGGAACAUUACGAGCACAUGAAGUGCUGCUACAAGAAGACAAACCAAUCAAAAAGGUCAAAACAAUAGCUUUGAAAGCAUCUCAAGAAAGUACACCAGUACAAACAGAUGAGGACUCAGAAGAAAUCGAACAAGAAGAUGUUGAUAAAGAGAUAGUUCGUCUUACAAGAAAGAUACAAAGAAUGUUGAUAAGAAGGGAUCAAAUCAAAAAGGGAUUUCUAGAUAAAAAGGAAUUCAAAACUGAAAUAGAUAAAAGCAAAAUCAUUUGUUUUGGCUGCAACAAACAAGGACAUUACAAAACUGAAUGUCCAUUAAACAAAAAGGUGCCAAAGAAAUUUCCUUUCAAAAAGAAGUCAAUGAUGGCAACCUGGGAUGAAUCUGAUGAAUCAGAAACAGAGAAACCUGAAAAAGCCAAUCUGUGUUUAAUGGCAGAUAUUGAAGAAACAGAGGUACAUGUAUCAUCUUAUUUCGCUUCCAUGUAUGCGCUUAUUAUCAUGUUCAAAAUUAAAAUGUUGUCUCUUGUAAAAGAUAACAAAGAGCAUAAUGGCAUUUUCCUUGUAUUCUGA